AUGGAUGAUACCCGAGAUUUGACAAAGCGCUUCAAAUCCAUUGCUCCGCUCUCUGUUGGAACCCGGACAGCUAAGCGGCGCGUGGUGUCGGCCAGUGACCUGGCACCGACGGCCAAGCGGGCGCAAUUCAUAAAGAACAAAGACCUGUACCAAGGCCAUUCACAGGACGUAAUCUUAGCCAAAUCGCUCAUCGAUCCCGAGCAGAAAUGCUCCAUAACGACGAUCAAGGCAUACGUGACGCACGUGUGCGCGUGGUUCCGGUACUGCCGCACACUGCCCGAACCCAACUACAAGCUGGUAAAUGAGGAGAAGCUCUCUGGUUUCCUCAAGUGGGCAACACAGACUCCGAGGCUACCCUCAAAGCGCAACCCACGGCGUAGCACCGACCAGACACAGGAACGCCAGCGCCGGUGGCUCCAUGGCGGGAUCCUUGCACUCUGGCGGCGGUUCCGCAAGCCCGACGAGGAGAACCCGCUGCAUGCCCUCAGCUAUCCUGAGCACCAACAGUCCAAGGUCCCGCGGUCCCAGCAGGAACGGCAGCAUGUGGCAUUUGCCGUCACUAGCGAGCAGGAGAUGUCGAUUGUGCAGCGGUAUUUUGCCAUGGACCCGCACGUCGGCGUGCAGGCAUGGGCCCACUAUGUACUGGGUGCCUCGACAUGGAUCCCUGGCAACCACCGCCUGCACCUACGGCUCAGCAGCCUGACGGCGUCGCCCGAGUCAGCCCAGCACGUUGGACGGUUUGCUGAAAUCGGUGUUGCGCGCCACACCAAUCCGCUUCUGUGCCCAUGGUAUGCCAUUUCUUUGCUGAUUUUCAUGCAGUGGCAUGCGCAGCCGACAGCGUCGGCUAACGCCUCACUCGCCGAUCUUGGCACGUGGCUGGGGCAGGCCCUGUUCCAGUCUUACGACCAGGCCAACGGUCCUGUUCCAGCGUCUAACAUCAACUACACUCCCGACAUGCAUGUGGUGCGUGCGCGAGACAAGAUCAUGGGUGAGCCGCUGGGCAUGUCAGCCACGCAGGUCGUGAGGCUUGCCAAAUGGCGCAUCCACCAUCGCCGCGAGGGCGUUUCGCGCUCUCAAGCCUUCCUUGACCUGGCGCUGGUGAUCUCCGGCCAGUCACCGCCCCAGGAAAACAACCCUGACACAUACAAGCCCCUGGCACGCACCAAGGUCCCGGUGCCCGAUCAGCUGGUCUAUGGUGUAUUCCCAUGGCUGCAAAAGUUUUCAUCGAACCUUGAGACUCGCACCCGCGCCAUGACCAUGCCGGACCGCCCUAGCCCUGCUGGAGUCCGCCAAUCGGCCAAGGGGGCUGGUAAGACUGAGAAGCUUGCUAGCCUUCAAGUGAUGCGCGAGUUUGCCCGUGUGCUGAUCCAGGACACUGCCGCAUUGCUGAUUGACCCACAGUGGUCCGAGCUCAUUCAGACGCACCCACUAUUCAGUGCGCCUGUGUUCCACUCGCCGGUGUUUUCCUCGUCCACCCCUGUCCCACAUCCAUUGCAGCCGGUUCCCAACCAGCAGCAGCCAGUGCAAGAAAGCACACUGGAGGCAUUCCCUUCGAUGCCCACCGACAUGCAGGUUCUGUCUGCUGAGCCGCUCCUGGACCUGCUGCCGCCCACGCUGCCCCAACCGACCACGUACCAGCCGCGGGAAUCCUCCAGCAUCACACCAACGACGUCUCUGCCGUUCUUCGCCACCAGCGCCAGUCAGAACAAUAUGCAGAACGCCAGCUGUCCGGGGUUCUACGCACCAUCAAUUGAUCAGCUGCUGCUGUCGGAUCCUAGCUCCGCAAAGACCCUGAACCAGGAUAUCCUGAAUCUGGUCGGAUACUUUGCCAACCCUGAUGACAAUUCUUCGUGUGGCCUGGCACAGCCGCAGGAUGCACCAUCGAUGAACAAGUCAGUGUCCAUGUAUGCGCUGCACACGCCGUCAGGGCCUAUCAGUCCUGUGCCGUCUGCUCAGCAGCAGCACCAGCAGCAACAACAAAGCUACUUGGCCAAUAUUCAAUCAGCUUUGACAGGCCUAGUUGGAAUGUCGACACAGCCAUCCCCGAUCUACAACUUGGGCCAGCAGCAGCAGCAACAGCCGCAGGGGUUUAUGAUGCCCAUGCUCAGCCGGUCCCAGACCAUGCAGCAAGACGUCUCACACACCCAGUCGCAGCAGUAUUUGUAA